GUUGCCAAGUGGAAUACCUCCACGACAUCGAAGGCCACCACCAAGAACACAAGGCGAACCGACCAAAAUGAGCGAGCUUGAGACUCUCCAAUCCAUCCUAUUCUCAGGACCCUGGAUCUGGGACUCAAACGAACACAGCCAGAUUGAAUUCAACGAUAAUGGCACCGGCACACUAAUAUGUCGACAAGAGCUGAACGUCUGGAUCGCAGCAGAAUUCGACUGGAAGCUCCCAAGUUCCGAAGUCUUACAGCAGGUAUUCAAUUCUCAUACCACUUCCAGAAAGCCACAAGUAAUCACCGAAUUCGACAUCGAAAUGACGCUCACGAAACGCCGCAUCCCUGGUCGCGAACUGCCGCAUUACAGGAUCAACGAAUGUCUACUCACCGAGAAGGCAUUCGAGCCGAAGAUGUACACAGUCAGAAUUGAGAAAGGGGUACUCCUCACCCAGUCCGAUAGGAUGUAUGCCGUGAGCACGAGAGAUUCUAGACGCUUCACCUUGCGGUUGGUGCUCGAUAAGUCGCCGUUUCCUCCGCGCGAGGAAUGGAAAAGGGCAGAGGGAGCGCCGGAUGCGUUGAGGUUUUGGGAGUGGACGGAGCUCUAUGCGCGUGGGAUAUCGGCGGCGGAGAUGGGGGUGUGGACGCGGUUUUGGAAUUUGUUCGAUUGA